AUGUUGCUACCAGAGACGACUCGGCAAAUUCUGGACGAGUUGAACCUACCAUACGAUUUUUUAUCAUUGGACUCCUCUUUAAGCGAUCCGCCCAGCGAUUUUGGUCAUGAUCUUGAAGACGACAUCUCUUUGUAUCCAGACUCCAAAGUGUGUCCUUCCAAGAGUCCACAUUUCCAGCCUCCAACCGCCAAUCUGGACCCCCAAACCCCUGUCAAGAGCACCAAGUUUCUUGACCCUGAAACUUCCAAGUUAUGGCGACCCAAAAUAGCCAAAAGAUCUCCCUACUUUCCAAUAGCUCCAGCCCCUGCCAUAUCUUGUCUCCCGUUCCCCCCUAUCGAUGCCCCGUCUUUUGGUCUUGUCCAGGAACAGCUUGCACACGAGCCAUUCAAGUUGAUUAUUGCAACCAUUUUCUUGAACCGAACGCGGGGCGGGGUUGCGUUACCCGUCUUGUUUAAAGUCUUCGAGCGCUACCCCACCAUUGAGGCUAUCGCUUCUGCGGACCUGGCAGAAUUUGUCUCUAUGAUCCAUUGUUUAGGCUUCCAGAAUCAACGCGCGAAGAAAUGCAUCGCCAUUGCACAACUAUGGGAGACCGAUCCACCAGCCAAGAACAAACGCUACCGCAAGCUACACUACCCCCGGAAACUGGAUGGUCGGGAUAUCACAGCCGAUGAAUAUAUUGAUGAUGAGGACCCGCGAGCAGCCUGGGAAAUUGCCCAUCUACCCGGAGUCGGAGCAUACUCCUUGGACAGUUGGCGCAUCUUCUGCCGAGAUGAACUGCGAGGGCUAGCUACGGAUUGGAAAGGAACGGAUGCAGCCGCGCAUGGCUUUGUUCCCGAAUGGAAAUCCGUUCUCCCCCAGGACAAGGAAUUGCGAGCGUAUCUCACCUGGAUGUGGCUCAAGGAAGGCUGGGUUUGGGAUUGUCACUCGGGCGAUUUGACCCCGGCGGGGGACAAGACGCUAAGAGCAGCCCAGCGGGAGGGCGUGGCGCACGAGGAGGAUGGGAACUGGGUGUUGCAGACAUCCCCGGUCAAGAAAGCGCUGAAUGGAUUGCACGCGAUGGACUGA